UAUUAUGUGAAAAUUAGUGACAGUCAUAUUAUUAUCUAAUAAUAUUAUUAAUAUUAUUCAUAAAAAAAUUAUAUAAAAGUGUAAAACAAGUAUUCUAUAAUGUUCUGUCAUUAUGUUUGUGCCAGAUGUUCUUCAAGAUCUUAACAUACUCAACUGCUUAAUACUUGACUAAAUUAACUCCAGAUUUUGUGUUCGAUUGUGAAUACAUAAGGUGGCUAUUGCAAUUUAGUAACAGCUUGUUCAUCAACGAACAAUAUAAUAUAAGAAAAUGCUUUCGAAGUACAAGCCAUGGAUCAACCCUCAUUUAGUUGAAAAAGUAAUAUUACAAAAUACAGAUUCAGCAAUUAAAAUAUUGACACAAAUAAGAUAUCGAUCUGAUGAUUAUCAAUAUAUUCAGAACAGUAUUAUACCUACAAUGCAUUUUCAACAAUCUUUACCUAGACUUCCAGUUCCAGAAUUAAAAUCAACUUGUCAACGUUACCUUAAAGCACAACUACCUUUACUUUCCAAAAAUGAUUAUUUGAGAACUAAAGAUGUUGUAGAAAAUUUUGAACAAAAUGAUGGACAUUUAUUACAAGAAAUGUUAAAAAAAAAAAAUAACUUAAACAAAGAUACCAGUUAUAUUACUAAGGAUUGGUUUAAUAUGUAUUUGUCCGAAAGAACCCCAUUACCAAUUAAUUACAAUCCAUUAUUGGUAUUUAAACAACUCGAUAAUGCAUAUAAUAACCAAUUACUAAGAUCUACUAAUUUGUUGAUAUCAUCACUAAGAUUUUACAAAUCAUUAAAUGCAAAUAUAUUAGAACCAGAAAUUUUUCAUAUCAGUCCAAAGAAAAGUGAUACAAUCCAAUUUAGAAAAUUAAUGAAGUAUCUUCCAGAAUCAAUUAGUUGGUAUGGAGCCUACAUGUAUAAUGCUUAUCCUUUAGAUAUGUCUCAGUAUACGUCUUUAUUUAAUAAUACUCGAAUUCCAAUGACUAAUCAAGAUAUCUUACAUAAUAAUACAUCUGGAAAACAUAUUGUUGUUAUGAGGCGAGGACAUUUUUAUAAAUUUGAUGUUCUGGAUAAUCAAGGCAAUAUAUUAGAACCUCAGUUAUUAUUAUCCAAAAUUCAAUAUAUUUUGAAUGAUGACAUUGCUCCAUCUAAUCAUCCAAUUGGCAUUUUAACAACCACUGAACGUGAUAAUUGGGCUGAUUUAAGAAAUCAUCUUAUCAAGUUAGGAAAUGAAGAGUCGUUACGUAUAAUAGAUGAUAGUCUAAUUAUGAUUGCUCUUGAUGAUGAAAAACCUGGUUCAGAUCCAAUAUCUUGUGUUAAGCAAUAUCUGCAUUCUGACGGAAUCAACAGGUGGUUUGACAAGUCAUUUACAUUAAUAGUAUGUGCUGAUGGAACAUCAGGAUUAAAUUUUGAGCAUUCGUGGGGCGAUGGAGUUGCUGUGUUGAGAUAUUUUCAAGAUAUUUCUAAGGAUACUACAGACUUUCCAAGAUGUCAUCCAGAAAAUUUAAAUCAAGUAUUGAUAUCAGCAGAUACAUUAGGUGUGAAGAAAUUAGAAUUCAAUUUGGACGAAAAAAUCAAAUGUGAUAUAAUAAGAGUAAAGAACGAAUUCAAAUGUAAAUAUGAAUCUUUGGAUAUUAAUUACUUUGAAUUUUUCAAUGUUGGUAGAAAGAUGUGUAAAAAAUUUGGAAUAAGUGCAGAUUCUUUGAUGCAAUUAUGUUUCCAGCUAGGCCAUUAUAAAUUGCAUAAAAAACAUGUUGGUACUUAUGAGUCAUGUAGUACAGCAGCAUUCAAACAAGGACGAACAGAAACUGUAAGACCAUGUACUACGAAGACCGCUGAUUUUUGCUAUGCUGUUUCAAGUAAUAAUAAGCCCUCUGACAAUGACUUGGUGAACAUGAUAAAACAAUGUUCGGUUGAACACAGUAAGCUUGUAAAAGAAGCUGCAAUGGGGCAAGGGUUUGAUCGUCAUUUAUUUGCUCUACGGUUAUUAGCUAAAGAAAGCAAUUUAAAGAUUCCAGACUUGUUCACUGAUCCCGCUUAUGGUCGGAUUAAUCAUAAUAUUCUAUCUACUUCUAGUCUAACUUCAGAUUAUGUAUGGUUAGGAGGGUUUGGGCCUGUUGUAAAAGAUGGUUAUGGUAUUGGAUACACAAUACUUGAAGACUACUCAGGUGCUAUUAUUACUAACUACAAGGAACAUUCUGAUGGAGAUACAUUCAGAUGUGCAUUAACUCAGAGUUUAAAUCAAAUUCUUGAUAUUUUAAAAACUUAGUUUAUUGUACAAAUUGAUAUUUCUUUGUUUGUGUUUAAUGUCUUUACUCCUUAUUUUCAAUGGAUUAUUAUUUUUAUCAAAUAGUAUACAUAUUUUAUACAUAUUUUCGAUCAUAAACUAAUUUAAUAUAAAUGCAUAAAUUCCUUCUUGAAUAAACCAAGAAAGAACUUUUAUA